AUGCGUGGACCUUUGCAGUUAUACGCCAACAUUCGACCCGUGAAAACCUUCCCGAAAGAGCCUUCACUACUCAAAGACGUUAAAGACGGUGACAUUGACUGGGUACUUGUUCGCGAGAACAGCGAAGGAGAAUACUGUGGACACGGCGGACGCACUCAUCUGGGAACUCCCUGGGAAAUAGCAACUGAAGUGUCUGUAUUUACCCGCGUGGGCAUUGAACGAAUCAUGCGUUUCGCGUUUGAGACUGCUCGCAGUCGUCUUCGUAAGUUCCUUACAGUUGUCACCAAAAGUAAUGCCAUGCGCAACGGUAUGGUGCUUUGGGAUGAGGUUGCCGUCGAGGUCUCUAAAGACUAUCCGGACGUGAAAUGGGACAGGACGCUAGUCGAUGCUAUGACGGUCCGUAUGGCCGCUAAGCCGAAGUCUUUGGAUACGAUCGUUGGCACAAACCUACAUAUGGACAUCCUGUCCGACCUUGCAGCCGCACUCAGUGGUUCUAUCGGCAUAGCAAGAAUAAGUCCCCAUAGCGAGAUAUGA